UCCACAAUCAUCAGUACACACAACGCUCUGUUGCAAUACCUCGUCCCUCGUCGGAGAUAGAUGGGCUAUCUUGCCAUCGUUCUGGGGACAGUCUCGGUGGUGCUGAUCUCAUGCUUUUGGAAGGCGUUCAUGCACCUGACAUGGAGGCCGUAUGUGAUAACUCGAGCGUACAGGAAACAAGGGGUGAGAGGACCUGCGUACAGGUUCUGGUCAGGGUCACUUGAGGAGAUCAGAAGCAUCAGAAGGGCUGCAGCGGAGCUCAUCUUGGAUACCCACUCGCAUGAUAUCACCACCCGAGUGCUGCCCCAUUUCGCCAAAUGGAUCGCAGAAUAUGGAGAGACGUUUCUGUUUUGGAUCGGACCGCAGCCGCUACUCUGCAUCAGCGAGCAGGAGAUGAUCAAACAGGUCCUGGCGAGCAAGUAUGGAUCCUACGCCAGGACGGAUCCGUCUCCUGCGGCGAUGGCCCUCGUGGGGAAGGGGUUGACCAACAUAGAUGGGUCGGAGUGGGCGAGGCAUCGAAGGGUGGUCAACCCCGCCUUCGCCAUGGAUAAGCUCAAGUUGUUCACGAGAACGAUGGCCGAAUGCGCCAGAUCGAUGCUGGAAGCGUGGCAAGAUGAUGCUGAUGCAGUAGGAGAUCACGGAAAGGAAGUCGAGGUGGCUAGAGAAUUCCAGGAGCUGACAGCGAAUGUGAUCUCUCAUACCGCUUUUGGCAGCAGUUACUCCGAAGGGAAGGAAGUGUUUGUGGCACAGAAGGAGCUGCAGAUCCUCGUCAUCGAGAGUUUCCUCAACGUAAACAUCCCCGGGUUCAGGUACGUUCCGACUCGGAAGAAUCUCCGCAUUUGGAAUCUGGAGAGAAGAAUAAGGAACAAGUUCAUGGGAAUCAUAAGAGACCGGUUGGGUAGCAACGACGACGACUUGGGUUGCGGAAAUGACCUGCUCGGACUGAUGCUGGAAGCAGCAACGCGGAAGCAAGAUGAGCAGAAGAUGAGCAUGGACGAGAUCAUCGACGAGUGCAAGACGUUCUUCAUCGCGGGGCACGAGACCACCUCGCAUCUGCUCAUCUGGGCCAUGUUCUUGCUCAGCACCAAUCUCCAGUGGCAAGAGAAGCUCCGGGAAGAGGUCCUGAGAGAGUGUGGGAUGGAGAUUCCCAACGCUGAUACGCUCGCCAAUCUAAAGCUGGUCACCAUGGUUCUCCUCGAAGCUUUGAGGAUAUACAGCCCUGUGGCGUUGCUGAGGAGAAAGGCUGCAAAAGAUGUAACUCUGGGGAACAUAAACAUAAAAAAGAACACCCUGUUGAUGAUGCCAAUAGCAGUGACUCACAGGAACAAGGAGGUCUGGGGAGAUGAUGCUAAUGAGUUCAAUCCACUGAGGUUCGAGAAUGGGAUCUUGAAGGCCUCUGCACACCCCAGUGCGUUCCUCUCCUUCUCGAUAGGGCCGAGAGCAUGCAUAGGGCAGAACUUUGCCAUGUUGGAAGCCAAGACUGUGAUCGCCAUGAUCCUGCAGAGGUUCUCAUUCUCUUUGUCACACAAGUACAAGCAUGCUCCCAUUGACUCCGCCACCAUGCUGCAGCCACAGUUCGGUGUCCCUAUUGUUCUGAGGCCCAUUCAUCUCUAAGUUGGUACUGGAAACCCAAUGUUUCAGUGAUUUGUCUUCAGCUACAAAAUUAGUUCUUAAAAGGAAAUUUAGAUACACUUUCAUGUUCAUAGAAAUUGAAAAUGAAUAAUUAUUUUAUAAGAUUUGCAUGAAAACGGGAGGAAUAAUUAUUUAUUUUAUAAGAUUU